AAGAUAAGAUAAGAAUCUGUGUACGAAAUAGGUGUAACAAAAUUUUAACAUUGCAACAGUUUAUUACGGAAUUAAUCUAAUAUAUUUGUCCGUGUGGUACUAAAAGUUAAAGGAUGGAUAGCCUCAUUUUCUUCAUCAUCUUACCUGUGCUAGACGCGGCUUUCACAUGUGAGGACGUAGAUAAUGCCUGCGCUGACUAUGGACAUGAUUACAUUUGUAAUGGGGACUAUAUACCAUGGUCAACAGCACACUGCCGAAAGUUCUGUAAUUUCUGUCCGUCUGAAGUGCCUGCUUAUUGCAUGGAUGCCGACAGUAACUGCACAGGAUACGCACGUGAUCAUAUUUGUACCGGAGACUAUAUACCAUGGUCAACUAGACACUGCCGAAAGUACUGCAAUCUAUGUUUGCUAGGAAGCAUCGCAAUCAACAAGACAGCGACUCAAAGCUCGAAUUAUGUUGAAGGUAACAGUGUUUGGAGUGCACACACUGCGGUUGAUGGCGACACUACCUGUGGGUACCCUCCUACCAGUCAAUAUUAUAGUGCAACUAUGUCCGGAAUGGCCCAAACGAGUUGGUGGGAAGUAGACCUGGGAAAGGUUUAUGCCGUCUAUCAAGUAAUUGUAAAUGGAAUGCCUAGAGAUCUACAUAACCAACUCACAGGAUUUAGACUUUAUUUGACAAAACAACACGUUGACAAUCCUGAUGCUUCAACUGCCGUUUAUAAUAAUACUGAUUACGGCAAUGGGACUUUCAACAUACAAGUCUCAGCAGAAGCUCGAUAUGUCAUGUUGACGAUGACAGAAUCAUACAAUGCCAUUGUUUUGUGUGAAGUGGAAGUUUACGGAACUGAGGUAUCGAGCAAUUCUACUUUAUUCACCACGUCCAUACCAACAAACGAAUCAACUACUGUAACAACAGAACUAGCAACAGCUGAAUAUUCUACUACGGAAACACCAGCAGCUACAUCAACAACAAGAACACAUUUUCCUAGAACCUCAGCGACUGUCACUGCUACUACAGCAACAGUUAUAAGCAUGUGUCCUAAAGAAGUGAAACAGCGUGUAAAGUCACAGUACCUUUUCCAGCUCGGAGAGAACUGCUAUGAAUUUGUGCCUUUGAAUGACAGUUGGAUACAUGCUAAAGAAGACUGCCAUAAUAAAGGAGGCUAUUUACUUUCAAUUAUAAGUGCUGAUGAACAGACUUUUGUUUCCAAUAUGCUUACAACAAUAAAUGUUACGCAACAACUAUGGCUUGGUCUAGAUGACCGUAUAAAUGAAGAGCAGUGGGAAUGGAACUCAGGUGACCCUGUACAUUACAUCAACUGGAUUCCUGGACGAUAUAUUGACCAGUAUCACGACCAGGAAGACUGCGCUGUCAUGGAUAUGUCUCGAGGUGGCCAAUGGGAUGAUGCUGAUUGCAAUACCGUGGUAUCAGGAGGGAUGCUAUCCUAUCCGUGGAUUUGUCAAUACGUUCGGCAGAGACAGGUACCAAAUUCAACAGUCACAGUUAUAGGUGCAGGGGGUUGGUCUAGCUGGUUCUAUGCUUCAUGCUCAGUAAGUUGUGGAACUGGAACAACACACAGAGUAAGAACUUGCAGUACUGGACACUCAGUCGAUUGUACAGGGAUGGAUUUUGAAUCGGUUGCCUGUGACGCAGGACCUUGUCCAAUCGAUGGUUACUGGAGUUCCUGGCAACAGUGGAGCACGUGCUCAACAACAUGCGAUGAUGGUAUACAGUUUCGCACGAGAAACUGCGACAACCCCUUACCUCAGUAUGGCGGGACAAACUGCAGUGGAUCUGGAAAUGAAACAACUCCAUGUCAUCUGAUUGAUUGCCCACCGAGCUGGUCGAGUUGGUUUUACGGUACCUGCUCAGUAACAUGUGGACCUGGGACCUCCGGCAAACUAAGACGUUGCAGUACUGGAAAGGAGGCUGAUUGUCCUGGAAAAGCUUUUGAAAUUUUGAGUUGUGACGAAGGUCCUUGUCCUAUCGAUGGCUCAUGGGGAUCUUGGCAAGAGUGGAGCACGUGCUCUACAACAUGCGGCGAUGGAAGACGUUUUCGCAUGAGAAUGUGUAACAACCCCGCACCUCAGAACAACGGACUCCAUUGCAGUGGUUCCAUCAAUGAAACUUCGCCGUGUAACCAUGGAGAAUGUCCACACUGGUUGCCGUUCUACGAAACGUCUAUGUGCAGUACUACAUGUGGAGCGGGUUUCUUUCAGCUCCGGAGAAAUUGUAGCUCUGGAAAGCCUCGUGACUGCCAUGGUAGUGAAUAUGGUGAAAAGCCUUGUAAUCUUAUGGAUUGUUCUUCAUGAAAUCGAUAUAAAGCAACAGCAUACUUUUAA